GGUCGUGUUGCGCAUGUGAUGUGGUCACUCGUUUUCUGUUCACGCCCCUCCUUUGGCGAGCUGUUGUUAUUCACUAUUACAUUUUUAGUCGUCGGGACUGUGUUUUGGACUCUGCUCUGGGGAGGCGGACAGCUGGUGAUGAGCCUCUGGGGUAUAUUUAAAGCCCUGGGAAAGCGGAAACCUGGCCUGCGGUGCAUUCUCGUCUGAGGACUGCGAGCUCGCACAGCGCUCAAGAGCAUAUCGUUAGCUAGCCAGCAGCACUGCGCUGUAUAUACAAUGGCGCUAACUGUAACAUAGCUACAGCUAAAUAUGGAAGGAAUUAUGAGGUCGACAGGGUGGUAAUGCUUCCUGCUAACGAGGACCUGUGACACACCUGUGUAAAGAAGACAGGGGUGAGUAGAUAUUUAUCACUUUUGUUCACUAGUUGGGCUGCUAAAGGCUUACUGUAGCAGCUAAUGACAGCUGGCAGUUAGCAGGUGACACAGCUGCACAGUGGACCACACCGUUUCUGCAAAUGGAUAUUCGUUAAAACUACACAAGAGGUGGCUGGGUGCUUCACUCUUUCCAUAGCAAAGAUAUAUACACUGCUGUUUUACUGCUGCGUAGUUUUGGUUGUUUUUACUCUGCUACCCACAGUUCUAGACUACGGAAGCCGAGAACAGUGGCGUUUGCAAUUCGUUUUCAAUCUCGAGAUGACUAGAAAAUUAUUUCCUUAUUUGAGGAAAACGAGUCUUGAUCUCGUAAAAUGAUCUCGUUUUUCAAUUAUCACCAUUGAAUUGUAGAGGAGAAUGUCUGGUUCGCACGGACAUACCUGAUUUCAUUCUUUGAGACCACAGUCAGUAUUGUAAGUAAGUUAGUAAAAUGUAUUUAGUUUAGCACCCUUUUAUAGAAAAGAUUCAUCAAGUGCUUUACAGUAAAAAAAAAAAAUAAAAAUACAAUCGUAAACAUCAAGUAAAAUCAAAGAACAAUAACAAACAAUGGCAUAAAUAGAGCAUUAGUUAAGUCUUAGUGAGUCUUUAAAAGGUUUUUAAAAGUGACAAUGAAAACAGCUGAAUGAAUGUCAGCAGGUAAAUUGUUCCACAGUGUUAGAGUCACCAUUUCAAAAGCGUCAGUGAAAUUCAGAUCUGACCAGUCUGUAUUUAGUCUGAUUUGACAUUUUUUAGCUUUUAUUAGUUUUAAAGGCUUGAGAGGCGAUGUCUGUAAAUUCAGAGUGGAUGGGACACAAAGUUGAAUAAAGAAGAGUAUAUCUACUUGGUCGAUGAAUGAAAAUACACUCUUUUUGGCUUUUAACCUGUGAACUGUUCUUUUAUUGUCCUUUUAUAUUGUGUCUUUUUUAACCUUUUACAUUUUUAGUCUUAUUACUUCAAAUUUUCUGUAUUUUAAAUUGAGUUUAUUUUUAUAAAGUGUCUGUAAAAAGCGCGUUAUAUAUAUAUAUAUAUAUAUAUAUAUAUAUAUAUAUAUAUAUAUAUAUAUAUAUUUUUUUUUUUUUUUUUUUCUGUACCUUAGCUGUAAUAUCUCAUUAAAAUAGCAUUUACUUAAUGGUUUGACAUCAUGUAAGCUUUUUUUAGUUUCUUUUCAUGAAAUUGUCAGAGCGGAUGUAUUGUGCAAUACUCUAAUUUAAACCUAUAUGUGGUUUCCCCCCGCAAGAAAGUUAGCAAAAUCCUAGCUUGCACAUUUUACUUUAUUACACUAACCUAGCCGACUGUAUCAGUAAAGCCUUGUCGUCUAUUAAUCUUUACUGAUUUAUUGCAGAGGAAAAUGGGUUGAGAAAAUGGGUGGGCUACACUCAGCAGAAAUGUUCUCACUCUGUCCUUGAUCGGCAAUAAGAUAUGCUGUCCCAGUCACCCAUUAGUUACCAGAGAACAAGGUUUAGACUCAGUUCAAAUAAAAUAGUAUACCAUACCUCUCUGGACAAUGAUACCACCUUCUUUCUUUUUGAAAUAAAUAGGUAACAUCUUUAGUGUCACAGAAAUGUGUCAUAUGUUUGGCUUCAAAGAUUUACAACCAAAGAGCGGACACAAGACUGAAAUUCAAAAAUCAUCCUAAAUUCACCCUCACUGUAGCAGAUUUGGUGUCUGGAGUCAGCAGAGCUACUUUACAUUGGAUAAAGACAGAAUUGACUCACAGUGGUCAGAUAAAAGCAAUAUUAGCUGCUAGCAACUAUGAUUACCCCCUUUGAAAGUAAAAAUGAACAUUAGUUAGUUAGCUGAAUGUUUUUUUCACUACAUACUGUAAACUCACUUUUCCACUUCACACAGUACAAUCACAUUCAGAGAUGACUUGACUUACAAUUGUAGAGUUUGAUGCAAAAGUCCCAUACAUGUUUCUCGAGUAUAAGGCCUGAAAAUAUACACAGUAUUGUCAGUGUGCUUACACAAUAAGUAAGCAUACCGACAAUAAUUUAAACUAGAUUAUUUACUAGAAUAAUCUAAACUGAGCAAACAGAGAAUUUUGGUUUUUGUUGUUGUCUUUUGUUUGGGACUAUCCUUUGUGUAUCUGGGUCAGGGAAUGUGCCUCUUAAUCAGGCCCUGUUCCUUAAUCAGUGUGCUUUAACAACAGUACCAAGCAGCAAUACUGUACCAGUUUAACAUUUCUAUUAUAUUGGUAAAGAGAUCAUUAGGUAUGUCUUGAAAAUUUUGAAAUCCAGGCCGUAGACUCUUACAGUCUCGAUAUACAUGCAGUAGAAUUCACAUGCAAAAUCCCAUGUUUUGUACCAUUAUUGACACAUCUGCCAUGUUAAACCCUCUGAUUAAGAACAGCAAAACAACAGUGUUUAGCACAGGGGAUUAUGUACAGCAUGUAUAGUAGAGGUUUGGAUGUAAUGCUAUGAUUUGAUAGGGAUGUGCACACAGUCACAGAGCCGGGGUUUCUAUAGACAGCAUCAGCCCGGUAUUUACUUAUGACCACUAUAGUCAGGUGUUUAUGACAUAAUGUCUUAUAUACAAUAUGUUGGUGUGUGAAAGUCAUCCUCUUUUCACGAAGUUGUGCUAUUUCUGCUGAAAUUAAGUGUUUCUUACUGUACAGAAAUACUUCAGACUGACAGAGAAAUGAACCAAAGGCUGUAGCAAACUCAGCAGUACACUCACUAUCUUCAGUGAGGAGUUAUCUGCAGGGGGGCAGCUGUCUAUCAGUCUGCUACGCAUCACACCCCACUGCCACUGACGAUCAGUCUUGGUCUUGUAACAGAUGAGUAGCUUUUGGCUUCAUUGGUCCACCUCCAAAAUGACAGCUCCCUGUGACAAAAUGUGUUUGUAGAUAACGUUAUUUACUCUCACAUAAAAGGAAUGGUGUGGUACCUGAGGCACACUUUUUGAGAUUAGCACUGCCAUGUCUUCCCCGACUCUACUCCUCUCUUUGCUGUAUCUCUUCAGCAGUCCUAUCCAUUAAAAGGAAAAAAUGCCCGAAAGUUUUACUUCAAAAAAGUUUAUCAGUAAAGCACCAUUGGACCCAUCCCUCUUUAAUUAACGAAAUUAGUUAAUUAAACUAAAUUAAUUAAUGAAAGAGGAAAAUCUACUGACCUUCCAUAGUAAAUGUUUAUAGUGGGAGAGAAAUUAGUUUAUCUACAUGUGUAUAAAUUAGGGCCCGACCAAUAUGGAUUUUUUGGGUCGAUGCAGAUACCGAUUAUUAGGGAGGAAAAAAAUGUGAUUACCGAUUAAUCUGACGAUUUUUUAAAAUUUUAAUUAAGUUUUAAAAUUUUGUUAAUUUAAGUCAUAUAUCAACAUAUUUACUUAUUUUUUCCACAAAUGACUGCUAAUGAGCCUUUCAAACACUUCUCAGUAACAUUAACCUCAGUAAUAUUCCACGUGUUUAUUAUGAAUCAAACUCGGUCCAGAAAGCGUUUUCAACUCUGCUGUGCUGUGAGGUCGUUAGUGGAUGAAGAUUGUCAUGAGGUCGCUGCUCCAUCUACAGGAUAAGUCGGGGGAUCUUUUCAAAUGGCGGGACAUUUUCGAAGUGAAACCGAAUCUUAUUCUCUGCAGUUUACUUAUGAAAAUAUCGGCGAUAGUCGGCGAGUUUUGUGCGAUUACCGAUUAGCCUCAAACGGGCUAAUAUUGGCUGAUUUAAUUAGAGGGCCAUACCACAGAGUAACAUAUCCUUUUCAAAUACUUGGGCCAUCAAAAUUUCAAUUACAUUCAUAUUAAGUCAUAUCAGUUCUGAAAAAUUUCAAGGACCAAAGUAAAGUAUUAAUCACUCAUAUAUAUAUAUAUAUAUAUAUAUAUAUAUAUAUAUAUAUAUCCAUCUCAAAGAACAUAUUGUCUGACUGACUCCAUGCUUUAGUCUGAAGGAUCACCACAGUGUUGUAGCUGGUGAGGGCAGGGUUAAUUUGAGAGCUAUACACUACAUGAAUAUCUCCACCGUCACACACAAGUUGCAUCACAUCAUGUUUCACGUUUAUUUUGAAUAAUUUAUUGUCAUCUGCCCCAUGACUGGAGCAGAAAAAUAACUGUUGUCACUUUGUAAAGUAUCAAAAAUUAAAUCAAAGAACCUGACAAAGAAGUACUAUGUGAGCACAGCGCUGGAGUAUUUAUGUCAUUAACAAAUUCUAAUUUUUCUGUCUGUAGGAUUAAACCAUUCCCGCCAGUGCCGACCAGACUUUGUGCUUCCUGCUUUCUAAGUCUACAGCCAGCGUCUGGCCACUGUAGCCAUGACAACAGGGGGCUGUUGCCAUCUGCCCGGCUCUCUGUGUGACUGUGCAAGCAGCACUGGCCUGUGGAAGAGCGUGGAGGAGGCAAGUGGUGAAGGGUGCCAGGCGCUCUAUGUCACCCAGGUCACAGCCAUAGAUGGACAGUUGCUUUCUUCUGUGCUCAAACCUGUGGGAUCACAAAAGUAAGACUAAACCAACUAACUUACCUAGAAACACGGGUUUCAAAAAGAGCCAUAUGUAUAGUUUUUUUUUGUUUUUGUAUUUUUUUUAGUGAUGGGCCCAUCUGCCGAAUUUGCCAUGAAGGAGGCAACAGUGAAAGUCUCCUAUCUCCAUGUGACUGCACAGGCACACUGGGGACAGUACACAAAAGCUGUCUGGAGAAAUGGCUGUCGUCUUCCAACACCAGCUACUGUGAACUCUGCCACACAGAGUUCAGCAUCGAGCGCCGUCCCAGGCCCCUCACAGAGGUAACAAAGGUCAAUGCCCUUUGCCUUGUCUGCAUCAAUUGCUCUCUUCUUCUAUUUAAUCCUGUUGUUGGGUUACUGUUUGUGAAUGAUUGUGAUGAUAUGAGUAAAGCAGCUUCUGAUACCUCAUUUUAUGGCUUUCUUGCUUUGCUUUAAUGUGUCUUCUCUCUUCUUGUUUGACUAAAGGUCUCAUUUCCACCUUUUCUCUCUCUCUCUCUUCUCUGUUAUCUUAUCCAUUCUUCCACAGUGGCUGCGGGACCCAGGCCCUCGUAAUGAGAAGAGUACGCUUUUUUGUGACAUGGUUUGCUUCCUGUUUAUUACGCCCCUUGCAGCUAUUUCAGGCUGGCUCUGCCUGAGGGGAGCUCAGGACCAUCUCCAACUGGGGAGCUGGCUGCAGGCUGUCGGCCUCAUAGCCCUCACUAUCGCUCUCUUCACCAUCUAUGUCCUGUGGACCCUGGUAAGGACUUCGUAAUUGUUAUUCCCCCUUUCAAGUAGAUAUGUUUUAAAAAGGCAAGUGUAUUUGUUAAAAUACAUUUUUGUAGGAGACAAAAUAAAUUUGUUUGGGAUAUGAUUUCUAUAGAUACGUCACUUCCGGGGAUCGUCACUGAGGGGUGUGGUUUUGGGAUGUUUGGCGGGUUAUUUAAAUCUCACAGGUGUAGUCAGACAAUGGGUUUGGCAAGCACUGAUAAUUUUCUGUUGACUGUUUUUCAUCAUUUCACUCAUCCCGUUCUAACCUCAUUUCAGCUUAUCACUUUUUAUCAUUUGAAGGCAAAGGAUUUGGACCUAGAUCAGAGUGUUUUCUUUCCUUUUUUGAACAAUAAUUUUUUUUUUUUUAACACUCAAACCAGACUGAUCACUCAAAUGAGUCACAGAUGCAAGCGAACCUAAACCCUGGCGAUCUUUUUGUUAAAGGAAAGCAGUCGCUACAAUUUUAAAAUACUUUUGAAAUUUGGGUUGAUCUCAUUAAUCUGUCAUCAAUGCGUCGUGUGCAUGUGUUGACAGGCAGCUAAACCCUUCACUCCAAACAACACGCUGGGUGUCAUUUCUUCUGCCAGGUGUAUUGAUGGAGUAAAGUGUGAAACUAAAGGAAAUAAACAAAUAAUACAAUCAUAAAUAUUGCAUUUAUGGAGAUGCAUAAAGUUAACUAUUCCACAUCUGUGAACCAUACGAACCAAAGCCUAGCACGGCUAACUAGAAUAGCUCACUGGACGUAGGCUAAAUACACGGGAGACACAUGAUAACACAAAUAAGUACACAACGCAAUACUUUGCCACUUAAGACUCGGGCAUAUAACCAUAACUUCACAUGUUAACACAUAAUGGCGAUACUGUAGAUGGCAUUAAUGCUAUUUGAAUCUCACUCAAAAUGAAAUAUUAUUAAAUAAAACACAUCAAGUCCUUUUUUUUAACUGAUUUUAACUUUUAUCUGAAUCUUAUGAAUGAAACCGAACAUUAAUAAAGAGCCAAAAGUGAAUACUUCUGAUUGAUCUCUGCUUUGCAUGAUCUCUCCCCUGGUUGUCCUCACAGGUAUCUUUCCGCUACCACUGUCAGCUGUACUCUGAGUGGAGAAGAACAAAUCAGAAAGUACGUCUGCUCAUUCCUGAAGCCAAGGAGUCCAACUCUUCCCAGCAUUCCUUGCUCUCUACAAAGCUGAUGAAGAAGUCUGCCAAUGAGAGUAUAGUAUGAGAGCGAACAGAGAUAGUUCGUGACUACAGUAUGUGAUCUGUGAGGGGCCGAUUUUUGGAUGUAUCAAACCCACAGCAAGCUUUUUAAAGAGGUGCUUGCAGACUGUUUUUGCAGCUUUUUGAUUUUUUCUUUGCCCCAUCAGUACUUAAUUCACAUCACAUUUUUUUUAAUUACUUUUUGUGUGGAUGCAGAACGAGGGGAUAUUUUAAUGGCGUCUGUCCAUCCUCAUGCUUGGUAUUCACCAGCUUAUGCAAAAAGGCAUUAACAAAUAGAACGGAGAUGUGCAGACUCUUAAAGAGACAUGGUAAGAGCCUCAUCAGCAUAAAUGCAAAGAUAGCAUUACACUGCUAGAAUGACAUGUGACCAAACUAUUUUUGUAGAGGACUAUGAAGAGUUCGAAUGAUUGUUCUGCUCAGUUGAUGAUCCUCAGACAAUCGCCAAGUACAGCAGGUCCAUCGAAACUGGCCCUUGCCUUCACUACAUAAUCCCUGAUUUUACCGCACAAAAACGCUUGUCGAGGAGCUCUUGAAGCAAUUACAACGUGAUCCCUUGUGAAUCUGUAAGGUGGUUUACAUUUUACAAUACAGAUGCCAUUACACUGUCUGAAAUGAAACUUUAUUUUUAGCACAAACUUGUCGGACUUCUUUCAAGAUGUGUUUUGCCAUAUCUGUUUUUACAUCUGAUGCAAGAAUGGAUAGCAGCAUGGCACUAGUAAAGCCAGAGAAUGUGCAAUAAAAACACUGUGGACUUGGAGGUCUUCACGCUACGUUCAGAGACCUGAACUAAAAUGCACAGUUAUGCAUGCAAGCACUGUUAAUAUUUUUUUACUUUUUUUCAUUGUUAGUGUUUUCUUAAAUUUGUUCUUUACCAAUAGAGUAAACGGAUACACUAUUCCUACAAAAGUAGGGUUAACAUUGUCCUCAUUGAGGUUCUUGUAUUAUCAGCACUUAGCAAGUAGGUCUCCUAAAGACCUCUGCAUCUUAUUUUGUCAGAAUGACUUUUAGAGAAACAUGGUCACACUGUCGGGUGGCUGAUGUGGUGUACUAAAGCCUCCUUUUUAUUGCGUGUCUGAGUGCUACAAUAAAGCUGUUCUGUUUUUGUUUGAAGUAGUAUGAACUCCAGUUUCUCUGAUCUGAUUGGAGAAAGAACAUGCUUGUGUAAAAAGUGGCUAAUUUAAACAAAAUAUCACCCCAAAAUCAACCACAUGAAUUAUGCAAAAACCACUAAGGCUAGAUAUGACGUAUGCUGCGUUCCAGUGACCUCAAGUCGGAUGUCAGAGCUGGGAAUGACGCUACACCUGAGUUGAGGGUGUUCCAGUAAACAAGUCGGAAAACAAAGAUGGACGCCUACAGUUACCUGUUGUUAGCUGUUGUUUAAAAUUGUCAGCUGUCGUUGUCCGUUGUCACAACACAGUACUUUAAAAACACCAUAUCACCGUGUUCACAGUUAGACGUUGGGCAGCAAAACAUAUACCACUUAUUUAAUUUCACAAAAACAAAACAGAAGUGGUAAUAAAUAAUACUUUACAAGAGCUUUUACCCUAACUCUUUACUGUUGAUGCACUGUGCUGCCAUCUUAAAUUAUGACGUUGUCGUCAACUCGGGGUUGGCGAGGAUCGUCCAACUUUCCUAGUUGGGAAUCCGACUUCAGGGGGGCGUUCUAGAUGAAUUUCCGACUCGGAGCUCAGAAAAUCCAACUUCCGAGUACAACUGGAACACAGCAUUAACUCUGACUUUGUCAACCAGGGAAGCCUCUGGAUACUCACAUGCUAACUUAUUGUCACUGGACGGCUCACUUGCCUUCAUCAAGUCUUUAUAUUACUGAAUGAACUCAUGGGGCACUGGCUUUACUUGUAAGGGGGGAAAGGUGUUAAGGAGAACUCACCUCACUAUCUUGUAAACAGAGGAAAAAGAGUCACCUACUGCAGCUUUUAAUCAAAUGAGACAGAAAGUGCUAGAUGCCCAGAUCUUAAAGUCAUAUCUGUUCCAGUCUGUAAAUCCAUUCACUUCAUUGAGGAAUCAGUAAAUAGUCACAAUUUCAUGUGGUGUAAGCCUGUAAAUCCAAUAGCAUGUAGUGCUGGCAACAACGGUAUUUAUGAAUCUAACAAAAGCAUCCGCUUGAAGAACACAAAACUGCCAUGUUCUGGGGUAAAGCAGGUGUUCAGCCUGUUGUUUCAGUAUUACUGGUAUUGUGUUAAUCAUACUACAGUUUUGUGGGGUGCAUUAAAAAAACUGUUGUACUACAUAGAGAGCAUCUUGACUGAAAGCUUAAAGGCUAGUCCAAAGCUAGAGUAGCUCAUUGUUGUGAAUUUUACUUCUGCAGUUAUAAAAACCAAGCUUUAGGAUUUAGUUCCUCUCUCAAGUAGAACAAAAUGUAUUUGAACGUGCUGAUAUACUUCCCCAAUGUGCUCUUCUCUAACACUGACAGCACAUCAUUUGGCCAUUUAGCAAAAGCCUUGAAUAUUUCCAAAUUUUAAACAGUACAUACAGAAACAACACAUUCAUUUGCCAGAACUUUGGAUUUUAUGCAAAACUGUGUUAUCAAUGUUUCUGCUGUUUAAAAAUACAAAAGAUAUAUAAUUGCUUUGUAACAAUCAAACUGAAACAAAGGCUGACUGUAAGUGAUGUGGGUUCUUUGGUCCGUUUUUAUAGUUGUUUUUUUUUUUUUGGAUUACAAACAAAUGUCAAAGUCAGAGCACAUGUUCGGCUGUCAGAAACCAUCUCUCUUUUUCCUCUGCUGCGAUCAUUAAAUUCUAAGACACCUUGGGAGCUAAAAUGACAAACAUCUUGAGGUUGUUGAAAAGGAGUCGUUUAAGUAAUGCUGAACGUGUUUAGCAGCCAUGUUUUUGUCUUGCAUUUCACUAAGCAUGAACGCUGUUUCCUCACCCUGGCCUUUUGACUGAACUAACAUUCCACUCUUUUUUUUUUUACUGAGCUCCCAGUGGGUUGCCCCACAUACCAACCCAGUUAAUCGUUUGUUUGUGUUUUGACCUGAUCUCAGACGAAAGGAUUAAAUCCUGCAGUACUACGAUGCACCCGGGGUGCCAUACAAGCUUAUGAGUCAUUUGAUCAUCCUUGUGUUUACUGUUUAUCAAUAAGGAAGCUCUGUUGUGAAGUGUUGGGAUGUAUUUGGGUGCUGAUAUGAAAAAGUCUUUAGAUAUGUGGUACAGUCCCUCAGAACUGAGUUACUAUGAGAAACAACCUAACCUGUCAGUGCAAAGUCUCACUUAUGCAGCCACUGACCUCUAUGGUAGUUAAUAAUUUAGUAUUGGCAGUAAGUUGCUCACAACUUAUGAAACGCCACUCCUCUGCCUCUUUGGGUCAGAGGCGACAGAGGAAACAGAUUCUCAUGUUUCCAAAGAGUCAAAGUGUUUCUGCGCUGUGAUGUAAAAGAUCACACUGAUAUCCAAAUGCAGAAAUCAAGUUUUUUGUUGUUCAUCACACAAACAAACAUGUACAUGUUCUUUAUGUUGUGGUAUGUUGUAUAAAAAUUUUGUAAUCUUUUCCUUCCACACCUUUUUUAAAGGGUGGAGUGUUGAUAUGUAUUAUUUGUAAUUUAUGUUACAGCUUUUAAACAUUCACAUUUUUAAGUACAUUGAGAGUGUGCUGUAAAAAAUGUCUUCACCAAAAUACUGGUACCUGCAAUCAGCCAAGAAAUGUUUGCAAAGCAAAUAAACCAUUGGUAUAAAUUCUGG